AUGAAUAAAGUGGGAGUAAUCUCAGCUAAGGAAAUUUUGCAGAGAAUUUUUAUUGAAAAUUGUCUAGUAGAACCUGACAAUUAUACAUAUUCUGCAACAAUAAAUAAUACCACUGACAACCCUGUCGGGAUAACCACACCUUACGUAAUAUUAGAGGACACUAAGGCGGGCGGCGAUGAAAUUGACAAAGAGCUUAAAGGAAUCAAGAACAUGGAUAAACAGAAAGCUAAGUCUCAAAAGGACAAGCUUAAAGAGCAGAACAAGUCUCAAGAAUCCGUCAUCGAGACUCUGGACAAAUCUAAGGAUGAAACGGACAAGAAACAGACCAAUUCAGAUGAUAUCAAUGACACGAAAGAUUUAAGCUCCAAAAGCGAGGAGAAAGACCGGAAAGGUAGUACCAAAGAGGAGCUGAAAGAUCAACUUUAUAUUACCGACGAUAUUCACGUUAAUCAUAACAAAUCUGACAUUAAAAUUAAGCACAAGAAUAAAGCAGGCAAGAAUAUGAAAGAAGAUAACGGAGAAAGCGCAGAGAGUACAGUUCAGCAACAAACAAACGUUCCGAGCGAUGACACAAAAGAGAAAAUAAAUAUCGUCGACGAAAACAGCUCGACGGAAAUUGCAAAAUCAUCGGAUACUCAAGAGGCUCCGUUGAAAAAUAUAAUUGAAAGACCAAGUGUGACUACGAAAGCCGAAAGCAAGACAAGACAGAAAGACACGUUAAAGAAGGAACAAUUAUCGAAGAGCAAAACAAAGUCGAAAGGACUGAAGCUUGAAGUCGAGUGUAAUAAUAAGAAUCGGGAGAAGAUCGAAAACAGUGUUAAAGAGAUGCUCAAAAAUAGUCCUCUCGAAUCCAACAAAUCGUUGGUUGAUGCUGAAGUCAAAAAUCCUAAGCCAAAAGUGCUCGAUAGCGCAAAAGUUGUUGAAGUAAACGAUAACGUGAAAGGUAAAGUUAAUUCUCGCAAGAAAGAUAAAGCCUCUAAAUAUAAGAUAAAAACAGAGGUCACUAUCGAUCUUACGUCAUCGACAGUGCCAACAAGCGAAGCUUUAAGUAAAACGAAAGUUUUAACGUGUUCAGAUAACGCAGAGAAAGUGAUUGUCCCGAAAUCAGAACAAAUAACCGAAGAAAUUUCGAGAAUUAUAGAGACGCCAACAACAGUUACUAAGGAGGCCGAUUUUAAAGAAGUGCCCAAAGAAAUCAUCUUGUCGCCUAAAAUAAAUCGGCAAACUGAAGAAAUAAUACAAACUUAUAUAAUACAUAAGAGUGAUAAAAUAGAGCGCAAUGAAACUGAAGCUAAAGAAUCGAUUGAAAACGAAAGAAGGGAGUAUCGUCAAGCGGACGCUAAAUUAAAAAUAAAAAGGGCAAUGUCUCCAGAGAGUCCGGAGAUAAUAGACAAGAGCCUAUCGUGCGACAUCUCGGCAGCGAGUGACCGAUUCCCGCUCUCCACCAGCCAAGGCGUUCGGCCACGUAGCGACGGUUACGAAGCCAGCGCGACCAUCAGCGGACAAGACUGCAGGCCCCGAGUGGAGGCGAGGAAGAGUCCGAUCUCUCAUGACAUCAUCGCGAUGCUAUGCAUCACACCACCGUGUAUAACGUCACCCGACUACCCGAGCGCAUCAAAAGAUAAGCCGAAGCGCAGCGGCAAAAACACCGACUCGAAACACUAUCUCGCCACCGGAUGCGGCGCUGCGAGCCGACCGCUGUCCGAAGCGGCCGAGGCUGGCUAA